AUGGAGCUAACAAUCCACCACCACGGCACCUCUCACACCUACCACCUCCCCCCCGACGCAACCCUCCAAGACCUCUCAACAACACUCUCCUCAACCCUCCAUAUUCCCAUCGAAAACCAAAAACUCCUCAUCGCCCCGAAACCAGGCAUGCAAAAACACCCCUUCCCGCCAGCCAGACUCGACACCAUCCUCCAGCUCGACUCCCCCAAGUUCAAAAUCACUCUCCUCGGCACCCCAACAAAGGAAAUCGACAAUCUAAACGCCGAAGGCGAGAAUACGAAACGGAAACUCGAAGCGCGUGCUACAGCGAGGGCUUCUGCUGCUGCGAAACCGACCCCCGCGCGACGGACGGGCGGGAUAUCUACACUCGGCGAAUCGAAGGAGUCGUAUACAUUUCAUCGCUUGUUACCACUCUCUUAUCUUCCCAACCCGGACCGCUCGUUACAGUUUCUCAUGCGUCUGCGCGAUGAUCCUGGUAUUCGCACUGCGAUGGCAAAACACCGCUUCUCCGUGCCUUUGUUAACAGAAAUGAACCCCGCCGAACAUACAACCUCCGAGUCACGAACGCUAGGCCUAAACCGCAAUCAAGGCGAAGUCAUCGAACUACGACUCCGAACGGACGCGUACGAUGGAUAUCGUGAUUACAGAACGAUAAGGAAAACACUGUGCCAUGAACUUGCGCAUUGUGUGUUCAGUGAGCAUGAUCGGAAUUUCUGGGAUUUGACGGGGCUGAUUGAGAAAGAGGUUGAGCGGGCGGAUUGGAAGCACGGGGGGCAGAGUGUGAGUGGGGAGGAGUUUUAUAAUCCUGGGGAUUGGGAGGGGGUUCAGGAGGGUGGGUUGGUGGUUGAUGAGAAGGGGUGGAGUGGGGGGAGUUUUGUGCUGGGGGGUUUGAGGGAGGAUGCUGUUGGCAGUGGUAGUACUAGCAGUGGCGGUGCGAGGCCGGUUGGGGUUGAGGGGAGGAGAGAGGUAUUGGCGAGAGCUGCGGAGGAGAGAAUGCGACGAGAGAAAGAGCAAGGGAAGAGGGAGAAUUGA